AUGGGGGUACUGGUUCCGGUUUUCUUCUAUGUUAUCGCUUUCUUUUGCACCGUUGGAGCCAUCGGUUUGGCGAUUCUUCAUAUAUACAAGCAUCUUCUGAAUUACACUGAACCUACUUACCAGCGUUACAUUGUUCGCAUCGUUUUCAUGGUUCCGGUUUAUGCGCUGAUGUCAUUUAUGUCCCUUGUUUUACCGGGGAGUUCAAUCUAUUUUAAUUCAAUCCGGGAAGUCUACGAAGCUUGGGUCAUUUACAAUUUCCUUUCACUUUGUCUAGCAUGGGUUGGUGGUCCUGGAUCAGUUGUUAUAAGUUUGAGUGGCAGGGUUAUGAAACCAUCAGUUUGUCUAAUGACUUGUUGCAUUCCUCCCAUACCGUUGGAUGGGCGUUUCAUACGUAAAUGCAAGCAAGGGUGUUUGCAGUUUGUGAUCUUGAAGCCCAUUUUGGUUGUUGUUACACUUAUUCUCUAUGCUAAGGGGAAAUACAAGGAUGGAAAUUUCAGUCCAAAGCAGUCAUACUUGUAUCUUACGAUCAUCUACACGUUCUCGUAUACAAUGGCCCUCUAUGCUCUUGCACUGUUUUAUGUGGCAUGCAAGGAUCUGCUUCAGCCAUUCAAUCCAGUCCCAAAGUUUGUUAUCAUAAAGUCUGUUGUAUUCUUGACUUAUUGGCAGGGGGUGCUAUUCUUUCUUGCUGCAAAGUCGGGAUUCAUCAAGGAUGCUGAUGAAGCUGCUCUACUUCAAAAUUUUAUCAUUUGUGUUGAGAUGCUUAUUGCUGCUGUGGGCCACUUUUAUGCAUUUCCGUACAAAGAAUACGCUGGGGCUAAUAUAGGGGGAUCCCGUGGUUUUUCUGCUAGCCUUGGGCAUGCUGUGAAGUUGAAUGACUUUUACCACGAUACUGUCCACCAGUUCGCACCAACAUAUCAUGAUUAUGUUCUCUAUAACCACAGUGAAGGGGAAGAAGGAACAAGGAAGUAUAGGUCAAGAACAUUUGUUCCGAUUGGCCCAGAGAUGGAUAACGUGAGAAAAAAUAAGCAUAUGAUUGGCAAUAAGGUAGAUGACAUACAGCUGGUAAGCUUAUCUUCUGCUAGUAGUACUCCCUCAAAUUCUGUCUCAUUGCCUGACACUUCAAACUCCGAUGCACUCAAAUCUUCCUUGCUUCUGGACGUCUCCAAUUCUGGGUCCAUACCAUAUGAUCUGACACUUAUAGACUUGGAUGUAUCCAGUUACCCUGAAAAAGUUCCUGCAGCUGAUAAAGCUGAUGCUAGGUGA